AUUUUAGUUCGUCCGAUAUUCCAAGGAUAUCAAACCACUUAUCGCGGGAUUUCUAGUGACACACCUACUCCAUUUAACAUAUCCAAGAGUGCAGACAAAAUAGUUUUGACGCGUUACAUUGUUGGACUUAGACUGACUUUGACUACCAAAGAGAAGUUGUCAAAUUUUUAGAUUGUUUAAUGGCAUCAUCUUAAUUCUAAAUUGUUUAUUCCACUUUGAAUGCCUUUGCAGAAUCCCCAAGGCAAAAUGUCUGAAAACGUUUGUAUAAGUUCCAACAAGUUCCUUCAGCUAUUUCGCGCAAUAUUCCCAUGUGAGUUCUACCCCCCCAUUUUCUACCCCCUCCUUCUCCUAUCAUGCUCACAGUGCAAGAGGGCCAGAGGAGCGAGGGCACAGUCAGUAUUUGUCUUUCUCUUUGAAAGGAAGGCUUUUUCGAAUCAAUUUAAGUUUUCCAUCAGUUUUAAAAGAAAUGAGUGCCAGUCAAGAAUCAAAUAACGAAGCUGUUGGUGCCGCUACGUCACAGACUGAUCAGGAGGCCGAAAAUACGUUACCUGUUGGUUUUUUCCGUCCGAUUGCAAGCAACUGGUGCCAUUCCAUGUCUCAGUUGGUCAAAGUGGAUUUCGAGUGGACCAUUCACCACGUUCUGCGCUACGAGUUGAAUCGACAAGGAGUUGUAAUAUCGGAGCCAUUCUCAGCUCAAGAAAUUCCAUAUUGCCAAUGGAUGUUGCAAGCUCAUUUCGCCUCCAAUCAACAAUCGGGUGUAGUCGUCAAGCUCUCUUCGGCCACUCCCGCCGGUGCCAGUUUAUCCCGAAUUCCAAUCCCAGUUCGAGUCAAAUUUGCAAUCGUCAACAAAAUGCGCGAAAAAGUCUCGCAGAAGGAACUCAAUUUGCCGAGAGGCACUGAAUUGCCUUGCACUCUAAACACUUUUAAUCUGGGUGAUGUGUCCAACAACAGACAGGAGGAUUUGCUGAUUGACAACGCCCAUCUGGCCAUCUACUGCGAAAUCGAAACUUGGGUGGCCAAGGCGGCGCUAACGGGCCGGACAGAGAACUUUCGCGAUCAUCCCCUAUUCAACGACGACGAGUUGAUCCAACAUCUAGGCGGAUUGCAUCAAACCAUGAAAUUCAGUGACGUCACUUUCACCAUUCGCGGCUGCAAGUUUGAGGCCCACAAGGCCAUUCUAUCUGCCAGAAGUCCCGUCUUCGCCGCCAUGUUCGAUCACGAAACCGCCGAGAACUUAUCUCACCAAGUGAAAAUCAACGACGUUGACCCGGAAGUGUUUCAAGAAUUGCUCCGUUUCGUCUACACGGGCCGGAUACCUGCCAUCAAAAUGAAGACGCUGACGACUGGACUCUUGGCGGCUGCUGGGAAAUAUCUUCUCGGGAGUCUGAUGACGGCCUGCGAAAAAUUACUUGAAGCGGAACGCGCUGAACUUUCUUCGAAGUUUCCCGAACGAGGUGAUGGCCACAGAUGGAUGGAGCACGGCGAAACGGGAUCACUCCACUUGGCUGUAUGACAUCCAGCAAGCUGCUUUCACUUCGACCCGCCCUUGACAAAUUGUUGAUUCUCUCUUGAUGGGUU